CUCGAACCCGUGUCCCCUGCAUUGGCAGGCGGAUUCUUAACCACUGCGCCGCCAGGGAAGCCCCUGUCCUCUAGUAUUGAUACAUUCUUUCAUAUGUGCUCUGAUCCAGCCACAUGUACCAUGAACUUCCAUGCUUCUUUGACUCUGAGUUUAUACUUUGUUCAUGUUGUACCCUCAGCCAGAAAUACUUUCUUUUCUCUUCCCUGUUGAGAUGCCAGUCAUCAUUCAAGGCUCAGCCUAAACAUUCCCUCUUGUGAAGCUUUUUUCAAGCCUUCAUGCCAGAUUUAGCCAUUCUUGUCUACUUUAGCAUUUUAUUCUGCCUUAUAUUACAUAAUUGUUUAUGUCUCUCCCCCAUUCCUUAGUUUGCGUGUUCCCUGAACGCAAGAUCUGUGUUUUAUUGAUUUUUUUUCUAUCCUGCACAGCAUCUAGUACAUACUAGACUCCUAAUUUUUAAAGAAAAUUUAAUCGAGUCUAGUCCAUUCCCUUUGUUUUUCGGAUGAGGAAACGGAGGCUUAGAGGGAGAGGUCAGGUGUUCAUUCGGGGAUUUGUUGAGUCUCAGAUGUUUGAGACGUUGAGGCUGGAGUGAACAGCAGGUAAUUGAGAUGUGGUUGGGCUAGCAACGUGAUUUAGAGAAGAUGGAGGGGCAGAAGAUGCAAACAUCAUGGAAGCCAGGGGAGAGAAAGAAGAAAAGGAUUCUGUGAAAUGCCUACCUUUGUGGGCAGAAGAAAAGACUCAGUGAAGCAAAAGUGGAAAGACACCCAAGAGAGGAAGGAGUUUCAUGAAGCAGGUCCUCUAUUGUCAUGUGAGGCAAAGAGGUUGAGACCAAGGAGGACUUGAGAAAAGGCACUUGGAAUUGAUCUUUCUCCUGGCCUGCCCUCCAUGUCCGGGAGCUGUCGUCGUCUUCAAGGAGUGGACCUGUGAUGCAAGCAGUAUUAUUUGGUCAUGAGUGUCUGCUGACUCAAUCUGGAGAGGCUUUUGAAGGAGAUGAGAUGAAAUUUCAUCUGUGCUACAGAGAGCAGGGGUGCAUUGCUGGAUGGAAAGAGGUCUGGAGGCCGGGUGUGAGCCAAGGCUACAGAUGCACAUGUUGAAUGGAGCUCUUCUUGCCCUGCUGUUUCCUGUGGUAAAUACGCGGCUGCUCCCCUUUGAAUUGGAGAUUUACUACAUUCAGCAUGUUAUGCUCUACGUGGUACCCAUCUACCUGCUCUGGAAAGGAGGUGCUUAUACCCCGGAGCCCCUCAGCAGUUUCCGCUGGGCCCUUCUCUCGACUGGCCUCAUGUUCUUUUAUCACUUCAGCGUCUUGCAGAUCCUGGGCCUGGUCACCGAAGUGAAUUUGAACAACAUGCUGUGUCCGGCCAUCUCAGACCCAUUCUACGGCCCCUGGUAUCGCAUCUGGGCCUCGGGACACCAGACUCUCAUGACCAUGACCCACGGGAAGCUGGUCAUCCUGUUCUCAUACAUGGCUGGGCCCUUGUGUAAAUAUCUGCUGGAUUUGCUCCGGCUUCCAGCCAAGAAAAUAGACUGAAGGUGCUUGUGUUGUUUUGUUUUGUUUUGUUUUGGGGUUUUUUUUUUCUUCUGCCCCUGAGGAAACAAGUCCUGACUCCACUUGGAGGACACCCAGCUCUUGAUGACAUCAUGGGAGAGGGCAGGAGGACGUUUGGUGUGUUUCUUUUUCCUUCCUCUCUGUCCCUUUCUUCCACCACUCUUCCUUCCCCGGCUCUUCCCCCAGGACGGCUCCUGGAGCCUGGGCUGUAGUGCUGCAGCCUGGGCGGUAGUGCUGGAGCCUGGGCGGUAGUGCUGGAGCCUGGGCUGUAGUCCUGGAGCCAGGGCUGUAGUGCUGGAGCCUGGGCGGUAGUGCUGGAGCCUGGGCGGUAGUUCUGGAGCCUGGGCGGUAGUCCUGCAGCCUGGGCUGUAGUCCUGGAGCCUGGGCGGUAGUGCUGGAGCCUGGGCGGUAGUCCUGGAGCCUGGGCGGUAGUGCUGGAGUAUGGGCUGUAGUGCCGAGGGCCGCACGUUUCCUCCUUCCCUUUGCCGCUCUCUCCCUGCUCCUCGUGGCCUUAAAUGGCGAGACAGUAGUCAGUGGCUUUCACUCUGCUAGUUGCUGCUUUAACAACAUCUGGUUGAGGAGAAAGGGAACAACAAGCAGUAGUUCUUUUGGCAUCGAAGCGAUGAGAUUGGGCUGUGUUUCAUUUCUCCACUGCCAGGGACCUCCAGGCUUAUGCUGGGGUCCCCUUUUGUCUCCAGCACAGCCCUCACCAUAAGAGGACUGAGGCCUUGUUCCUAUACCAGCGGCAAGCCGAGAGCCAAGGGAUUUCCCAGCUCAUGGCCAAAAGAGAGCUGGCCAGAUUCUUCCCACUGGUGUCCCAUGACUCAAAGCAAGCGGCCAACCAGCCACUCCCUCCAGGAUGCUGCCAGAGGUGGGAGGUGUGGGGCGCUACCCAGCCCAGGGGCUAGAUUCCACUAUUGCAAUGGCAAAUCCAAAGUGCGCAAGGUUGAAAUGUCCACAGCUAAUGCUAGGCAGGACCUUGGGUAAAUUCUGCUUGAGAGCUGAGAACUGACCCAUAUCCCAAUCAGAAGUGAGUGUAGAAAUGAGUCAAAAGCCGUGGUAACUUGAGAAAACUGUGAUCUGAAUCAUAUGCUUGCUUUUAGUUUAAUGUUGAUAAUAGAUGACGUUUUAAUUUUGAGUGCCCCUUAAAUGUUCUCUCUCUCUCUUUUAAAGGCAGCUUCAGGGAAGGAUGAGCUAGAGUUGGGUUUUCUGGCUCUUGGAGUUCUGUGUAUUCGUCUGUCCAUUUGCUUUUGGAUGUUUGAGUUCGGAGCAUCCUUGAAUCAGGGCCUGUCUCUGGAGGGACACCUGUCGAUCCGUCUCGUGGUUUUGCAGCAUGUCUCGGCAUCCUAGGUUUGGGAACAUACAGAUCCUGCAGUGCUGUUUCCCUCGGGCCAGGUGUCGUCACUGCGGCCAGACUCAGAGAUGAAUUGUUUAGCAUGGGGGUGGGGGACAUCACAUGCUCCCCAGCCCGAAAGCCCACGUCUGGGUUGAAAGGGAGGUACCAAAAAAUCAGGUCCCCAUGGGUGGAGGUUCAAGUGCUCUGAAAGGGAGACCUUUUGUUGCAAGGCAGCCUCAGUCAUACAUGGACCUCAAGAAGGAGGUGGUACCACUUGCUGGCUCCCUGUUGGCUCUUACUAAGAAUAGAUUACUUAAUAACAGAAAAGAUAUUUCUGGGACCUCCUCUGAUGAGCCCCCCCCACUCCCUCUCCCACUCUAGGCAGCCCAGUUGCCCUGGGCCCAUUCAAUAUUUCAGGUGUUACUGUGUCAGACCUAGAUUGAGUUUCAGGGACUCAGUGGUCAUGAUUUUAGCAAGUGGACCUACAGGAGGCAGCAGGAUGGAGAAGUCUCUCCUAGCAAGGCGAGGCCCAGGGAAGCAACCACGGCGGGGCCCAUCCCUUUGCAGAGGUACGCUGGCAGUGAGGUCAUCAAUCCCCAGGGUGUGGGGUUGCAGGAAGGGGGAACCCGUGAGCUCCUCAAGAUGCGUGACCUUCAUUUUCUGCCAUCUUUGAGGGUUUGGCCGAAUUUUUCUUAGUGCCUCUCAGCCCUGGGUUGCCCUCCGGAAGAGGCAGCUCUUGAGGGGCUGGAUUUGCCCCGCCCACUGGCUGCGUGUAGGCGUGGCUGAUGAGGCAAGACCUCAGUGCCCCUUGGCCUCUUCCUCCGUGUCUCCAUGGCCUGGUGCGGGGUGCUAGUCAGCUCGAGCUUCCCUUGCACUGGCGUGCCUCUCAAAGUUCGCCACGCUGGCUGGCAGCUUUCAGCUGCUUAGAGGGAAAGAAGAAAGUGGAAGCUACGUGCCUGGCUGGGCCAGGUCAGAGGCAGGUGCACCUGUCUGGGGGAGGGGGAUGAGAAGGGGAGAUACAGGGCUUCUGGUUGGCUCGGAAACAUGUAGGGGGAAGGAACAGAGAGCAAGUCCCGUCCCAGGUUGCACAGGGAGUCAUGGCCUGCGUUGGAGGUGUUGGGCAGCAGCGGGCGUCUGAAUUGGUCUCUACCUGACUCUUUCCUUGGGCCAGGCCCAUGCGGAGAGGUUACCUGGCCAGACCCUCGGCGGCCUGCCUUGGAGGGUGGCCCCUGCAGCAGUGGGCCCGGGCUGCCCGGCACGUCCCCUGUGCUUUCCUGGCGGUGCCAAGGGGCUUCCCCAGCCAUCCUGGCCAAGUUUCCAUGUGCCAUUGGCCAGCAUGUGAGAGCUCCGUGUGUUUGUGGAAGUGGACAGUUUCUUUUAAAGUGGCCCCGGGAAGGCAAAGGAGUGUUCCCUCCAGCCCCCAGGUAGCCCUGGCUAAGGAUUGGCCCAGUGAGAUCAGUGUGUUCAGCUGGCCAACUUGGGACAUCAGCUCAGAAUAACAGAUGGUCAUGCCUGCUUGUGGGCCCCCAUCUCUUCUCCAUUCCCCGUGGUAUUUGCUUCUGUACACCAAAGAUGAUCUGGCCUAUCUUCUUCCCGGAGGCCCAGUGAUGUGUUCCUCUGUCAGCUUGUGAGGAAGCCACAGCUUCUGUCCCCCGAAGUCAACCUUCUCCCUUUCUCCUGGGACUUCUCAGCAUUCACAGAAGCUGCUUGCAGCGUGGCCAGGGCGUGUGGGGCGUCGGGGCCCAGUGUUUAGCGGAGCGGGCACAGCUGCCCUCGGAGAGCAGGUUGUCAGCACGUCUCUGCGCGCUGGUGUUAGGGGGAGGCUGGCAGAAGACCCUUCCUCCCCCUCCCUUGGCCAGAAAAAGACUUCCAUGGAUGUGUACGUGUUGAUCCCGAGUCAUCUGAAGGGGAGAUGGGGAGGCGGGCGAAGGGAGAAGAAGGGCCAGUGUGGCCCCUACAAGACAAGACACCGGUGCUGGUUUUGGUAAAUCGGGAGCCAGGCAUAAGGGAGGACGUCUGUCCUGCAGGCCCUCGCAUGCUCCUUGGACUACCGGGAAGGGGCGUCCUCACUGCACACCCUGCCCCGCCCUCUGGGGGGUGGGGGUGGGUAGGGUCCAUGAGAGGGAGCGAACCUUCCUCUUCUGUAUAUAGAGUGAGCCACUUGAGCUCAGGAAAACCUAGUCGCUUGUUGCUGCUCUUGUGACAUUUUUGUACACUGGUUUGCUACUCGUGGCACGAAACAAACACAACAAGAAAAGUCAUUUCAAGCUGAGCUGUUGUUUUGGAAACCUGCUUUCUUUCAGUGUCAGUGUUGUAUUGUAUUUGGAGGAAUUCUUCAUCUCUAUUGGUGUUACUGUGGUAGAGAGAAUAAGAUAGUCCGACUUGUAAUUCUUUCUGCCGGGAAAUUGGCAGUGCCUCUGUCGUCGCCCCGACCCCGGUCCUUCCUCAUUCCCAGGGUGGGAUUGCUAUGCGCUGGGCACACCCCUCCCUGGCCCCCGCCCCCGCAGCGGCUCCCUUUAGAACCGGUCUUUGUGAUUCCCCUAAACAGCUGCAGAAUGAGUAUUUUUGCCAAGCUGGUUCUUGGGUGCUCUGUGCCCCUACCAGUUUGCUUGCCUCUUGGGGCAUUUUGUAAUGUUUUCUCUGUUUUGUAAAACCUUUUGAUUGUACCACAGUGGUUUCUGCAGUCACCUUUGGAAAUAAAUGGUCAUUAAUUUGUGUACUUAGCACUCUGAAUUUUAGUCUGAGGUGUUUCUGUUGUUGAAGAUCCUUGAAUGAAAAGGAACCCUCACCAUGGGACUCACUGUUAAAUGUUUCCUUCAUUUACUGCUAUUAAAAGGUUUAUGAGAA